UAGCCGAGCAGGCUAAUGCUAGUCGGGCUACAAGUUGAGAGCGACCAAAACAAACGAUGACGGCCGAGUCAAGGAGCCGGAAAAAAGCUUGGAUUAACCAUGGGAACGCGUUUGUUGUAGACUUCUAGACACGGUAUCAGAGAUAGCUGUACUCCUACAUGACUGACGUGUGGAAAGUUUGCCAUUUUAAACACCAAGUAGCCAGUUUGUGCUGAAAGUGUCUGACACUGUCUCUGCUCACUGACGCUAUGCCCGGGCUGACUUACAGCGUUGCUAACUAGCUAAGUGGUAGCCAGCCUUUUUUUUCUGGACAGGACAAUAUCUGAAAUAUUGUUCGCACCAGUUUAUCGUUACUGCGCUAAAAAAAAAAGAAAAGAAAAUGCAGAGACAGUGACUUUGUGUGCUGACGCCAAAUUCCCUUUUAACAUCCGUGUGACAGUUUCUCAACUUGGUGAUAGCUUAGCGAGCUGAGUCGUCAAAAUGAGUUGGUUUAACGCAUCUCACCUGUCCAGCUUCGCUAAACAAGCUUUGACAUCAGCUCAGAAGUCAAUCGACCGGGUUCUGGACAUCAAAGAGGAGGACCAGUGGGGUGACACAGUUGUAAUGCCAUAUGAAGAUGUCACAUUGCCUGGAAAGCUAUCAUUAAGUGGAGGCUGGGGAUUGACCCAGUGGGAAGCUCCCCCUGAAGAAAAGACCACCACUCCUCCUCCUUCCUCUGAGGCCAUUACUACUCCUGUAACCCGCACAGUUGUGGAUGAAUCCGAAAACUUUUUCAGUGCCUUUCUGCCACCUGGAGAUGUACAAGGUGUGACCAAAGCCCAGGUAGUGUCUGUGCCCCCUACUAAGUCUCAAAGGCGGCCUCAGGAGAAGAACAAGAAAAACAAAGAGGCAGUGGUCCAAAAAGAAGAGGAAACAUCAGCGCCCGUUGAUAAGAGUCAUGAGGAUCAGACAGUGGCUGAGAGCCAGCCCCUUGAGCUCGAUUCCUCGCCGGCAACACCUUACGCAGACGCUGGAGUCGUCCUGGAGCCAGUGGUGUGUCCUGCAUCUUCUCCCGGUGAUCUUUUGAGUGACAGUGACAGCAAAACGAGCAGUGUGAAAACAGAUGUUGGCCCGACAUUAGACUUAAAAACAGAGCCGUCACUUCAGGCUUCAUCAGAACUUGAGGUUGAACAGGAUACCACAGAUUCUUCUGAACCGUCUGCCGUCAUUUCCGAACCUAAAAGCUCGACCCCUUCUGAUACUUCAUCUCACCCGUCCUCUAAGGAAGGACUUAUAGAGCAAAAAGACUCAAAGGUGGAGGACCGUCAAAAUGAUACCCCCUCUCCUCCUGUCAGCGCUUUCUCCUCAGGAACCUCUACCACCAGUGACAUUGAAGUGCUUGACCACGAGUCUGUGUUGAGUGAGAGCUCAGCCAGCUCCAGACAAGAAACUGGGGAAGGCAAGGCUGGCCUUCACCUAAUGCAGGGCUCUUUCCAGCUUCUCACUGCCUCGACCUGUGGAGAUUUCCACCGUCUGGAGGACUACUCCAAACUCACAGAAAGCUGUGGCUCCUCCUCGGAUGCAUUUGAGCGCAUAGAUUCAUUCAGUGUGCAGUCACUGGACAGCAGGAGUGUCAGUGAGGUUAACUCAGAUGAUGAGAUACCUGGCAGUCGGACACUAGCGUCCGUCACUGCAGGCCCUGCUCCUUUAACAGUGUCAUCAGCUGUGUGUCAGAAGCAGGAAGAUGGAGUAAUGGUGGAGGCAGGAGAGGAGGAAGAGAAGGAAGAAGAGGAAGAGGGUUUUACUGAAACGAUGAGAGAGCGGUCGCUGGAUGAGAUGGAAGAGAGUGGACGCAGUGCAACGCCUGUUAAUAGUGAGCAGCCGGAAGAGUUGACAGAACAAGAACAGGAGCCUGAGGCUAAUAUAACACUAACUGAUCCCGCCUCCAUUACUGAAGAACAGAUUAUUCUACCAAUCACAGAAGAGAUGAAAAGUUUCUCAACAGUUCAGAUUUUGGAGCUUCAAAAGGUCAUUGAUGAGCUGUCAGGCCGCCUUGAGAAGAGAGAGUCUCAGCUGCUGACGGUCAGCAAAGACAAAGCCAGACUGGAGGAGGAGUGUGACAAUCUCAAAGAUGAAGUGGUAAGCCUGAAGGAGGAGAGCUCCACUGUUCAGUCCCUGAAAGAUGAGUUCACUCAGCGCAUAGCAGAUGCAGAGAGAAAGGCUCAGCUGGCUUGCAAAGAAAGAGACAUAGCCAAGAAGGAAAUAAAGGGCUUGCGGGAAGAGCUUUCUACAAGACUUAACUCCAGUGAUACAAUGGAGAUUAUCAGAGAGAAGGAAGAGCAGAUCCGAGGACUGCUGGAAGAAGGUGAAAAGCUAUCCAAACAGCAGCUUCAGCACAGCAACAUCAUCAAGAAACUACGUGUGAAGGAGAAGGAGAGCGACACCAGGAUCAUCAAGCAACAGAAGAAAAUCAAGGAGCAGGAUGAGGAGCUCAAGCAACUGCAGCAGGUUCUAGAUGGGAAGGAGGAGGUGGAGAAACAGCACAGGGAAAACAUCAAGAAGCUGAAUGCCGUGGUGGAGCGUCAGGAGAAGGAAGUGAGCAGGCUGCAGACAGAGAAUGACGAGCUGCAGGAGAAGAACAGGAGCGUGCAGGCUGCUCUCGAUAACUCUUACAAGGAGCUGGCAGAACUUCACAAGGCGAAUGUCAGCAGAGCCAGUGAGGCCGAAGAAGCAGCUCUUAGCAGAGACACACAGGCCAAGGAGCAGCUGAGUCUGGCUCUUGAGAAGGCCCAGGAGGAGGCCAGGAUACAACAGGAGGCCCUGGCAGAUCAGGUGGCUGACUUGAGACUGGCUCUGCAGAGGGCUGAGCAACAGCAAGCAAGGAAAGAAGAUUAUCUGAGGGAGGAGAUCAGUGAGCUGCAGCAGAGGCUACAGGAGGCUGAGACUAGGAACCAGGAACUCAGUCAGAGUGUCACCUCUGCAACACGGCCCCUGCUGCGACAAAUUGAGAAUUUACAGGCUUCGCUGGGCGGACAGACAGCAUCCUGGGAAAAACUGGAGAAGAACAUCUCUGAUAGGCUCGCGGAUGCCCAGGCACAGCUGGCUGUGGCUGUGGAAAAGGAGCGUUCAGCAACAGAAGAACUACUGUCCAUCAAAUCCCAGCUGGCUUCUCUAGAGUCCCAGAAUUCCCUGGUCCGCCAAGAGAAGGGCCGACUUCUGGCACAGCUGGAUGCCGAGAAGAACAAGAGAGAGAAACUGGAAGAUGACAGCAGCAGGGAGCAUGCUGAGCUGGAAAAUCUGCGAGGAGAACACAUCCGGAUGCUAGAAGAUGCCAAGAGGGAAAAGCUGUUGCUGACCAAUCAAUUAGAGAUGGAGAAGAUGAGGGUGGAGCAAGAGAAGAAGAAAUGCUAUUUGGCACAAGAAGCACUCAAGGAGAAGGAGCGGAAGGCCAUGACACACUCUGUAGGAGAGCCACCAGCCUCCUCCACACCCUCCCUGUCGCGCUCCAGCUCCAUCAGCGGGCCAGACAAUGCCGGCCUGCACACCUCCAUUCUUUCUCAGGAUGAUUCUUUGGACCAUUCACUGAGUACCAUGACCAUGUCUGUGUCAAUGAGCGGGACCAACCUGUACGAGGCCGCCAGGCUGUCUGGAGGCUCCAGCAUCAUGGAGAACCUUCAGUCUCAGCUCAAACUCAGAGAAGGAGAGAUUGCACAACUACAGCUUGAGAUCUCCAGUCUAGAGAGAAGUCGUUCUGUGAUGGCGGAAGAGCUGGUCCGACUCACAAAUCAAAACGAUGAGAUGGAGGAGAAGGUGAAGGAGAUCCCCAAGUUGAAAAUUCAGCUCAAGGACCUGGAGCAGAGGCACAACACCAUCCUGCAGAUGUAUGGAGAGAAGGCUGAAGAAGCAGAAGAGCUGAGGCUAGACCUAGAAGAUGUGAAGAACAUGUACAAGACCCAGAUAGAUGAACUGCUGCAGAACCAGAAAUAAACAGUUUUUUAUUACACUGCGUUACCUCUGGCACACUCGCAUACAAAUCAAUCGACCAUCUUAGCCACACAUACAUUCACAGGAAAAGAUAGGGCAGAGAAUCUAAGUUUAAUCACUGUGUCAAAAGAAAAUCCAUUUAUCUUUUAUUUGUUAUUUUAUUCUAAUUAUUACAUACUAUAUUUAAGUGGAGGUGUGGGGUUUAUGCAUAACAUAAAAUGUAUUCUUACAGAACCAGUAUGAAGGAUAGCAGUUUGUGCUUUGGGUGUCCAUUUGAAAUCUUUGGGACUUAAUGCAAACUUUGCUUUAGACAUAAUUUCUCAUGACUGAACCUUUCACAUAGUAAUGCGUAGACAGUUUAUAACUGUAGGAAAUGGUGAAGGUUUUUUUGCACUAUACAGAUUCAUCCACGUUUAUUUCUUAAUGCAUUACAGAAUUAAAGAAAUAUAUCCAAAUAUUGUACAGAGAAAUGUAUGUAUUGUUCUUAACAGAUCACAGAAUGUAGUGUAGACGAGAGAGUAGGUUAUGAUUGAAAUCCGGAAGAUUGGGUUUUAAGUCGUAUAUAAAUAUGUAAAUGAAUAAACAUUUAUUUGGGUGGUGGAAAACACGCUGCUGCUUCUUAAUUUAAAUUGUGUGGGAACACACGUUAGCCGUCAUAGCAGUUUCAGUGCAUUCACAUGAAAUAGUACAUUAUGUUAAUAAUGCGCAAAACUCUUCAAAUAAAUCUUCCUGUUCUGAA